UGUCAUAAAUUCACAUGAGUACAGAGAUCGAAUAUUCCAAAUUGAGCUCUCGUGUUUUAUUUUUUAAAUUUCCAAUACCGCCAGCGGAGGAAGCGCACAAUGGACGGCUGCCACAACGACAUCUUGGCCCCCCUCAUCCUGGCCGUAAUGGUGGCCAAUGGGCAUCCCCUCACGCUGGACGAGAUCGUCGAUGAAGUGACGGCGGUGAUCAAUUCCCAAGCCGAGCUGGCAGUUGUUCCGGAAAAUAUUGGAGACGGCAAGCAUGGCCACAAGACAUUUAACACUAGACGGAGGUAGUGGGGAGAUGAGCAGAGCUCCCCAUUCUCGAUAAUAGCAGAUUUAUUACGAAAAACCGUCUUUGGACUCGCGGGAAUUUAUUAUAAUAAAUUAUAGAUUUUAAAUCUAGAUAUUGUUUAAAAGGCUUAAUUUUGUUGUU